ACUAGGUAACCCCUACCGAGUUAGACAGUAUUUUUUUGGCGAGGUUUUGGUUGUUUGGUGCAUCUCCUCAGUUUCAAAUAAUCGCUCCCUGUGCAACUUCCAAAUGCGACGAACUUGUGAGGUAGAAUCUUCAAACUUCAUCAAAUUAUCAGCAAUUUACCGUAGCAAGCACACCUCUUCUGAAUCCUCAUCGCUCCCAUGGAUAUCGCCUCUCAAAUUCACCAAACCUGCAAAACCCAAACCGGACCCUCCGCCGGAAACCGCCGCGGAACCGCCGAGGAAGCGGAAGUUCAUCUCUCACGACGUCGCCAUCGAUUUGAUAAAACGCGAGAAGGACCCGCAGCACGCCUUGAAGAUAUUCAACAUGGUUUCACAACAGAAGGGGUUUCAACACAACAAUGCCACCUACGCCACCAUUCUCGAAAAGCUCGCUCGCUGCAACAAGUUCCACGCCGUGGAUCGAGUCAUUCACCAAAUGACCUACGAAACCUGCAAAUUCCACGAGGGUAUAUUCGUCAACCUCAUGAACCAUUUCUCCAAAUCCUCCCUUCACGAAAAAGUGCUCCAAGCUUUUUUCUCCAUUCAACCAAUCGUCAGGGACAAACCCUCCCCCAAAGCCCUCACCACUUGCCUCAACCUUUUGCUCGAAUCCAACCGCGUCGAUUUGGCGCGAAAAUUGCUCUUGCAUGCCAAACGCGGUCUAACGCACAAGCCAAACGUUUGCAUAUUCAAUAUCCUUGUGAAGUAUCACUGCAAGAAUGGGGACUUGGAAUCUGCUUUUGAAGUUGUAAAUGAAAUGAGAAACUCCGAGUUUUCUUACCCUAAUUUAGUUACCUACUCGACCCUUAUGGAUGGACUUUGUCGAAAUGGAAGACUCAGAGAAGCCUUCCAAUUGUUUGAGGAAAUGGUUUCGAGGGAUCACAUUGUGCCUGAUCCUCUUACUUACAAUGUUUUGAUCAAUGGAUUUUGCCGUGAAGGGAAACCUGACCACGCUAGAAAUGUGAUCGAGUUUAUGAAGAGUAAUGGAUGUUAUCCGAAUGUGUAUAAUUACUCAGCAUUGGUGAAUGGUUUGUGUAAAAUUGGGAAAUUGGAUGACGCAAAAUGGGUUUUGGCUGAGAUGAAGAACGCUGGUUUGACACCGGAUGCAGUUACAUACACUAGUUUGAUCAGUUACUUGUGUACGAAUGGACAAGUUGGUGAAGGUAUUCAGUUGCUUGAAGAAAUGAAGGAGAAUAAGAUUCAAGCUGACACUGUUACGUUCAAUGUGAUACUUGGGGGGUUGUGUAGAGAAGGUAGAUUUGAGGAUGCUCUAGAUAUGCUUGAGAAACUCCCACAGCAGGGUGUGUAUUUGAACAAAGGUAGUUACAGGAUUGUUCUGAAUUCCUUGACCCAAAAAGGUGAGUUGAAAAGGGCAAAGGAGUUGCUGGGGUUAAUGCUAAGUAGGGGUUUUCUGCCCCAUUAUGCCACUUCAAAUGAUUUUUUGGUUUGUCUUUGUAAGGGGGGGAUGGUAGAUGAUGCUGCCAGGGCACUAUUUGAUUUGGUGGAGAUGGGUUUUCAGCCAGGACUUGAGACAUGGGAUGUUUUAAUUGGGUUAAUCUGCAGAGACAGGAAGUUAUUGUAUGUUUUUGAGCUACUUGAUGAAUUAGUGGUCACAGAUACAUGAUAUGUAUUGGAACUGUGAAAUGAAGUAAUGAUAUUAAGAGGGGAACUGGUGCUCAGAAUCUUUCGUUGGAGGGAAAGGAUGAUAUAGAGGUUUUUUGUUCAGCAAGAAAUAGCAAUGCCAUUGAUGAAGUUCAAAUGUGGCAAGGCAUCCCGUAUAAAAUUUUCAAGAGGAAAUUUGUUGCAUCAUAUAAGCAAUUGGUGCUCAGAAUCCUUCACCCGAGGAAAAGAAUCACAUAGAGGUGUUGUAUUCAGAAAAAUGAGCAAUGCGAUGGAUGAAAUUACAGUGUGGCGGGGCAUCCCUUAUCAAAAUUUUGAGGAGGAAAUUUGUUGCAUCAAAUCUAAAUUACAUUUAUGAGCUCUGCCCUGCAUUUUUGUUUUAACUUUUCCAUAUCUUUUAAUUAAGUUUACUGUUCUUCUUGCAUCAGGAUAUAGCCCAAUGAACUCUACAUCUGCCUCUCUUAAUUCUUCAUUUGUGUUAGUACCAUGUCAUGCUUUCAUGUGGAGCCCCCAUGCGUCAAAUUUGAUGUUGUUAACUUGACCAGACAUCGUUGUCAAGGGGUCCUAAUUUUUGCUCUUAAGAUGGAUCGUCCUUGCUGCUAUAUCACAUUUUCUUCUGUAUUUAGUCUUUAGAUGCUUCAAUCCCUCAUGAGUUAACGAAAUAUCAGGAUCUGACUUUUGGAUUCUGCAGGUUCAUCAAAUAAUUGGUAUGGAAAUAAGGGAAGCACUGACCCACACUCGUAAGUUUUCAUACUUGUUUAAGUGUAAUUAUCGAUUAAGAUGAAAAUUUUAGCUUGUUUAGGUCUGUCCCAAACCACUGUCAGACAGAUAGAUCGGUUGGUCUCUUGUGCUUUAAUUAACUUCUUCAUUAUUUAAAUAAUUA